AAGUGCAAUUUACACAUUAUUAACCCUUACUUGUUUUAUUUUAAUUGAUGUACAUUAUACAAGCAUGACCAUGCAGCUUUUGUACAGUUAUAUCUUUGACAUUAUUUUGUACAUUAUUAUUAUUUGUCUUUUAUUCAGUCCAAAAUCAAAUCAGAUCCUUACAGUCUUUCAAUAAUUUAUUAUCAGUCAUGCUUUAGAUUCAUAUUAACUGUAGAGAUGGGUUAUUAACGAACAUAAUCUACUUGCAAGCAUUACACUCUGAUUUUUGUACGUUUUCUACUUUUCAUUAGCACUUCACAGGGCUUUCCAGAGUCGAGGAACGCCUGGAUAUGUCAGGCAAUUAUUAUUUCCAGUCCUGGAAAUGAUAUGGAAUAAAAUAAAUCUGAAAAACUCAAAGAUAUAGUCUAUGUUUAUAAUCAAUAUAUAUAUAUUUCUGUUAUGCUCAGCUCUUAAAUAUUUACUUAGUAAUUGUUCUUUGCGAGUCCAAUUUCUGUAAAGUAUUAAAAUAAAAACAUUUGAAAAGUGGAAAAGUCUGGAAAAGUCAUGAAGAAAUCAUGGAAAAGUCAUGUAAAUUCAUUGGUCAAAAUAUGCAGGAAAAAUUGACUUUUAAUGUUUUUAAUGUGAUUUUUAUAUAUAGUGAUUGACUGUGAUUUUAUUUCAUUUUUAUUUCAAUUGUUUUAACUCUUGCAUGUGCACGGAUGCACAUCUGCUUGUGUUGUGCCAAUGUUUUAUAUACCGCUGCAAGUCUGAAAGUGAAGCUACAAUGUAGCAAUGUAGAAAAUAAUCCAAUCAGAGUGUGGGAAAGCGUAAUCCUGUGUAAUCCCAGCACAGCCAUGAAGAACAGAUCUUUCAGGCAGCGAGAGUGCCCAGACAUAGACACAGCAGCACUGACAAACAACGAAAAGAAUUCAUGAUUAUACAGUAUUACCUCAACUGUGAAUCUGUAUUGAAUUAUGAAUUUAACUGGAGCUCCACAUUUUACAAAUGCAAUAAUUUAGCAUUAAAUGCUCUAUAAUACCCUGGAUGUGAUCCGUGUUGUUUCCCCUCACAUGGCCAGGCAGGUGCAGGAACACUUGCACAGGUCACCUGUUACCUUUGAGCGGUUGUUUUUGAGGAAUGUGUACAGGAUGUCAGUGAGGGGGGAACAAAAACAUCUUGCAUUUAUUCUCUAAUAGGCACCUUAUAUAUGAGUUUUGUAAUUUUUUUUUAAAGUUUACUAAGAAACACCAGAAAUUUCUCUUUGGAUGUGUAGAAUAUUUGUGUGGUCAAAUGUAUUUUUUUUAUUUAUUUAUUUAUUUAUUUUAUGUGUAUGUGGUCCCGGUGUGCCUGUACCUGUGUAUUCGUGUGUUGGGUUGCCAGGUGCUUCAGUCUCAUUUGAUCACAGCGUGAACAAGAGUUUCCCAGAGGGUUUCCCUAAGGGAUCUUGGCAGUCCAGCAGCUGCCACCUGGCUGUUUCUACGGCAACUGACCAGACCACCUUCAACAACCACACCUGAGAGAAGGAGAGAGGGGGAGAGAAGAUACCACAGACUCUGUUAGGAUGGGCUACGAUCUGGAACGCUUUGUAGGCUAUGUGAACGAGGGUCUGCUGUGCUGUGUAUGUCGGGAUGUGUUAGAAGAUCCUCUGCAGGCUCCGUGUGAACAUGCCUUCUGCAGCUCCUGCAUUCAUGGAUGGCUCAUCCACCAUAACAGCUGUCCUGAGGACCGCUUGCCUUUAGACAUCACACAUCUACGCCCACUAUUCAGAUAUAUGAGGAAUGAUUUAGCGAGGCUGCAGGUAAGGUGUGUUUUCCGGCCACAAGGUUGUGAGGUCAUAUGUGCUCUGGAGUCCAUUCAUCGGCAUGAGCAACAGUGUGAUUACGCUUUGCUGAACUGCAGUAAUGCAGGUGACGAGUACUUGUGUUACCGUUGUGGCUGCCCAGUUCAGGUGUCGCGGCGCUCUCUGGAAGCUCAUCUAUGUGUGUGCGAAUACAGCAGUAGAGUUUGCGCAAGCGGCUGUGGAUACACAAUCCUAAACAAUGAGGAGGCCCAACACAACUGUGUAUCAGAGCUACGAGCUGAGCUGGACAUGCUCAGGGCAGAAUUAGACUGCAAAGUCGAAGAGGUGAGGCAUGAAAUGGAAUCUCGCUUGGAUUCCCAAAGACGACACAUGGUGCAGAAGGAGAGUUUGCUGAGGAGUGAAGUGGAUGAACUUAAGGGUCAACUGUCCCGCGUCAUGUCAGAUGUCCGCAUUCUACUGGGUGCAGAGAGAGCACGCAGACAAGAGCUAGAGAGGGCGGAGCUUGAGAAGGCGGAGCUUAUUGAACUUUUAAAAAAGGAGGGUCUCAGACCAGCCACACCCUCUGAAGCUGCAGCUCCGCCCCCUGCUGAGGUUCCGAGAAAGCAAAGCCCACGAAGCCUAGCUUUGGACUGCAUCAAAAGGAAGAAUAGAGAGGUGACGGUUAUCUGAGGAUGCUGCUUUUUUAACAAUGGAACAGUAAAGAAGAGGGAACAUAUGAUGCUAAUAGAAAACCACUACCUGGAA